GUUCAAGUCAGGUCCGAGGGAGUUGCGUUUUCGUAAGGGAAAGGCCAGCGCAGAAUAAUUCGUAGGGUAGGGAAGUGAAGAGGAAGGGGAGAAGAUGAUGUCCGGUUACACCUCCAUUGACAACCAGAAGGUUGCCGGCUCCGUUCCUGCUGCUGCUCCUGCCAACUCCGGCCCCGAUCGCAUCGCCACCGUCAGAUUCACAGAAUCCAAUCUCCAAACCUUUCCGCCUUCUUCGGAGACCCAGGGCAAGAUCUCCGUCGUCUUCCGCCCUCUUUCCGAUGCCGACGACACCUUCUCGAAGCCGGCUUCAGGUGGCUCCAGCGAGUCUCAGCCGACCGGGUGGAUGCAGUCGCUCACGGUGGGCGCUUACAAACCCUACUUUGAUGUCGAUACUUCCGACGUUUUGGAAAGGAUCAGAGACUCCCUCUUCCCUUUCAGGGGAAACUUCACUGAGAAGACGGCAGACAACCCCGACCUGUAUGGACCUUUCUGGAUAUGCACAACUUUGAUUUUUGUAGCAGCUGCCAUUGGCACUUUCGUUACUUAUGUAGCACACAAAUUGGAAAAGAAAGAGUGGGACUAUGACAUUAAUUUGGUCAAUUGGUCUGCCGGUUUAUUUUAUGGUUAUGUUAUCUUUGUUCCUCUUGGUUUAUACGUUAUUCUCAAGUACUUCUCAGUACCAUCUGGCCUUGUUCAACUUUGGUGUCUGUAUGGAUACUCUCUGUUUAUAUUCAUUCCUGCCUCGUGCCUGUCUAUUGUACCUGUGGAGAUAUUCAGAUGGGUGAUUGUAGGUGGUGCUGGAUUCAUGUCCGCGGCUUUUGUUGCCAUGAAUCUUCAUACGCACAUCAAAUCUGCUGGAGAGAGAUGGUUUCUAAUCGUCGCCGGAAUAUUUCUGUUGCACUUGGCUCUUGCUGUGGUUUUGAAGCUCUACUUUUUCACCGUAACCGUAGGAGCAAAUUAAGGCCCUCUUUUCUUUACCUUUCAUUCAUGUAAAAAUUCAUCUCGGAUACAAGCUAGCUUCUCUAAUCCAACAUUAGUCUUUGAUCUUCUAGUUCAGUAACUGUGUUAUUCUGUACCGAGUUGCAUUCCUUUUACAACAUUAUACCGAGUUGCAUGAUUGAUUUGUCGGUGUCUAUAUGUCAUAUCCUCACCACCAUUAUAAUGCUCAAUUGUUUUGUUAGA